GUUCCGGUUUCAAAGUUACACAUUUCCACUUCUCUGUUCGCCUCAAUUACCAAAGAUUCAACUUUAGAGAGUGAGCUGAGGAAAGGAGCGGAGAGCGCCAUGGAGGAGCUGAAGAAGCUGGAAGAAGAGCAGAGAAUGUUAAUAUUCAUGGAGUCCCACGGCGUCGUUUCCUCUUCUAAUGACGACUCUAGCCGCUUCCUCGCUAAUCUAAUCCUCCUCUUGGUAACUACUCAUUUCCCUCCUUGAAAAAUCAUUCCAUUUCAUCCACAUUUUCCUUCGCUAACACUACCCUCCUCUUGCUUUAGAUAAAGCCAUGUGGCGAUCUUGACGUGAACAAAAAGUGCAGUUUGAUUUGUGAACAGAUACCUACGAUUUCUGAUUCUUUUCUCGAGCAAGCUUCGCGCUUGUUUAAUUCUCAAGAUCCGUUGCAAAUGGAAGACAAGGUUUCAGGGUAUCGAAAAAGUUGUGUUGGAAAUUUUCUACCACCUGUUAGUGAUUGCAAAGGCGAUAGAAAAGAUAAUGGAUUGAAGCAAGAGAAUUUUGAAGAUAUGGCUGUUGUUGGCUUGGAUGCAAUGCAACGAGCGAAUUCUACUCUUGAGGAUUUUUGCAGGUCUUAUUUUAUGUUUCAUGGAAUGGACAUAAAUGCGCCACAAUCAAUAUUCAAAUAUUUACCUGUGCUUUCAUUCACAGAAUGUUACAUUUAUCAGAUGGAUAUUUUGAAUGAAAAGAUAGUGAAUUUGCCAACCAACAAAGUUGCAUUUCUAGAAAGAGGAUAUGAGAUGCCGGAAGGAAAUGAAAGCUGGAUUGCUAAGCAUAUAGACGUGUUCAGAACUGAUCCAUUCAGAUCACUAGCAGAUCAACUUGAACGUCAUGGCCUUCUGACGGAGAGAAGAAUUCAGAUGUGGAGAAGAGUAUUGGGCUUUGGAAAGAAAGCUUUGUUCUGCACUUAUGAACCAACAAGAGGUUUUGAUCAUAAACUUGUCUCUCAGAUCUCUACUGAAGAUGUAAUGAAGGCAAUCCAUCUGAAAUCCUUUGAUUAUCGAGUAUUGAAUCUUCUUCUGUACCAGUUAAGAGGAGAAAAGGUGAAUGACUUGCAUAUGGAAUUCCUAUCGAUCUCAGAAUUUCUAGUGGAAGUAUCUGAUGACCUGUUUGACUAUGAGGAUGAUGUGCUAGAGAAUAAUUUCAACAUCUUGCGCAUGUUUGUCAGAAUAUAUGGACCUUCAACAGCCCCAGUUAUGCUGGCAAAGUACAUUGCCGAGGCUGAAGAGAAGUAUGACUCUUUGCUGAAAACUUUGGAUCCACAACUGUGCUCAAGUUACCAGAGGAGAUGCGAGGAAGCUACUAAAGAAGGUGGGAAUAUCUCUGGACAUCCUCUUGGAACAUGGAGUAUACCACCUCUGAUAAUAGAUGAAGAAUUGCAUCGAUCAAACUAUUUAAAUUCUAAAUGAAUAAUGGCCACCUCCAGGUUGAGAUCAAACCCUAAGCCUUUUUGAAAUACAAAAUCCAAACCUACUUUACUAAUCAGCGAGCAUGGGCCCCAGCCCCCACUUAAUGGUGUUCCAACUCAAAUUCACUGAUGUUUUUGAACCAAACAUAAAAGGGUUGUGCAGAAACUUUUGUACUUUUCAUACGCUUUGUUGCUGAAUUUUCUGGCAUAUCACAUGCUUUUUGUGGAAUAUAUUCUUUGUUAUUUUCCCCCUUUUUAUAUUUUCCCCUCAUGAAAUCUAGCGUAGCUAAAAAUUUGGAGGUUAUA